AUGCUUCGUGAAAUGUACUGCCGGUUUCACUGCGACCCAAAUCAGGCCCAACAUGUUCAGCUGCUGCGGACCAAUCAGAACAGAGCCAUCACCGAACUUCGCGUAAAAAUUAAGCGCGAUUUUGCAAAUAGGAUGUUUUGGUAUUGUUCCGUAAGUUUCCUCUACUUGCGAAUAUUAGAAACGUUAUGUGCCAGUUCACAAUGCCGAGAUCUCACAGUAAUGGUGGAAUGACAUCCAGAGAGUUAUUUGAGUCCUUGCAAAAUGUUGAUUGUCACGUAAAUUCUUUCGAUCUGCAGACUGCCUCGGGAAAUUAGUUAAAAUUUCAAUUCAGAACCUUUCUUUCUACGCUGUUUGUCAAACGCCUUGACUGCGCCGUUCUUUUUGAUUUUUUUAUAUAAUUAACUGUCACAUCUAUUUUGGGAUAUUUUUCGCCGAAAGGCGAGAUAUUAUUCUCUUGGAUUCCAUGAUUGCAGAAUGGAAUUUUGGCAGCUUGAUCUACCACUUAAUUGUGCUGGGCGAAGUUGUUACCGUUCCUUUGUCGCCUUUGCCUUGUUCAAAUUUAUCCCGGGAAAACAUUGUUUCAAUCUACUGAAAAGAUGCCUCCCGGUCCCCCUCAUCAAGUCGCCAGAUCAUUUCGUCAGAAUAAUAUGCAAGAUCACCCGAGAAAAGACCAGAUAUGAAUUCCUACAAUCAUGCAAACAGACUCGGACUUACCCUCGCCACCUCAUUGCAAAGACUGGAUUUGGACAUCAUCGUUCUAGAUCCGGACGAAAGUUCGCGUAAAGUCGCUCCAGCAGACUCUGAUAUUUUCUACACAUUUGGACGCAGCAUAAAUCUCUCUCCUCUCAAUAAUUCUUCAUUUUUGCAGCCAUUCAGUUUGCCUGCGAUUGACUGCAGUUAGACUGAGAUUGGAUGUAUACCCUUUGUCUCCAUAGACUUGCUAGCUGCCAAAUAAUGAGUCCUCAACCUGCUUAAAUUUUUAGAGACGUAGAAUAGCUCGGUUCCCAAUGGUAAACAUGAUUUGCAUUAAAAAACCCUGCACUAUGGAGGAGUUCUUCCGCAGUCUUGGAGCAACGAGGAGAAUGGGCGGUACUUCGCCCUACCUGAUCGACUUCCAGCUCACCGACUAG